AUGAACGAAGUUACAAUUAAACAGCUUGUGAGAUAUCACCCGAACCACUCUGAACCGAAAGUUAGUGCAGAAUUCUUUGGUUUCAUAAAAGAUGCAAACUACGUCGAUCCAGAUCCAGUUGAUCACCAGAACUGGAGAAAUGAAGCUGAAAUGAAAGAAGCGGCAUAUGCUGAAGAGUUGAAAGUUCUUGAAGAUUUCAAAAACACAAAGAAUGAGUGGUAUGUAAAAGAAACUGGGAGAAGACGCAGAAAGGCCACUCCUAUUGCUAAAAAGGAUGAAGGAUCUUCUUCACAACCAAAGAAGAAGCAAAAGAAAGCUGCUAAAACGUCUUUGAUCGAUGAACCUGAAAAAGAUGAACAGGUGGUCACUGUGGAAAAAGAAACAGUGAUAGCUGCGGAAGAUGAUCCAUUUAAUGUUGAUGAUUUGUUUGAUACUGAUGUCUUAGAGACAGGGCCAACAGUGGUUGCUGAUGUUGAUAAAUUUGUGACUGUUGAAGCUCAGAAAGGGAAAGACAAAGUUGUUGAUGAUAUUGAGGGAGAUGAUGUUGAUAAAGAUACCUCAAGCUCCUCAAGUUCUUCAGAUGAAGAGGUAGUAGAUGAAACCGAACUUCGAAAAAGAAUUCAAGUGGAGAUAGAAAAGGAGAAACAACUGAGGAAAAGAAAGAGACAAGAAAAGGACGAUGAUGCUGCUUACGUUCCUUCACCAGAACAUGUCUCUGAAUCACAAUCUCCUCCAGGUGGUAGAAAGAAAGCUGGAGCUCGUAAGAAAGUGGUUUCUCCAAAGAUUCGCAAAGUCGCACCAAAGAUAUCAAAACCGAAGAUUGUGUUGAAGAAGAAACAAACCAAGGAAACCAAGAAACCACCUACACCACCACAUGAACCUACACCACCACAAUCACCAAUCCAAUCAUCACCCCGACAACCUACACCACCACAACAAUCCUCACCACCUAAACAACCAACACCUCCAAGACAACCAUCACCACUACAUCAUUCACCUCCACAACAACAAAUCCUUUUCACCUCACAAGAACUCUUUCAGACCCCUCCACUCACCCAAAUACAACCUGGUUCUUCUAGCAAAGGUCUUUAUACUCCACAUGAUAAUCUUGAAGAUAUCGGAGACUUUGGUUUUACAAACAAUGAACAAGUGUUAAAGUUGGAGAAAAGGAUGGAUGAAGUGUUAGUGGAAAACAAGAAGCUAGUCGCUGAAAACAAGAAGGUGUCUGAUAGGGAGAAAAUUCUAGAAAUGCGUGUGAAGAAGUUGGAGAUUGAUAAUAAAGAGUUGGUGAAAAAGAUUGAUUCUGAUCAAUCAAAGAUUGACAUUUUGAAGGUAAAAAUUGCUGAGCUGGAAGAAGAAAAGGCUCGACGAGAUGAGCAAAAUGAGUAUUUCAAGUUGAAGAACAAAGAAUUUGAAGCAGCUAAAGCGUUAAGAGAUCAUGAGUUCUAUAUGCUGAAUAAAGUAGUGGAAAGCAUGCUCGGAACAUCAGUAGAACAAAAAGUUUGA